CCUCGUCUUGGGCCGUACGCAGGUGGUUCUGCGCAAGGGGUUCCAAGGACACAAAACAAUAUCAAUUGUUCUCGAGUUAUGGCUUUUCCACGGGUUGUUGGCCAAUUUUCUUUGAAAUGUAACCCUGCAAAGAUCUGCUUCCUGGCAUCAUCAAGAUCAAGGUGUGCCUGAUGACCAUUGUCUUGUUCAUUUGAUGCGCCAUUUUAGCAUAGUUUGAGGCUGGCAUCCACAGUCUGUUGCACUCGGGAUGAUCAUGUGCACCUCGGCCUUCGCGUUUCCAUGUACAUCAGGAAACCACAAUCGUUUAGUAGUAGGUUUUGUUCUGCCAGCUGAAUAUUUGUAUUUCCAAGAAUUUUGCAAUGAAUUUUAAUAUUUUGGUUUCGAAGUUGAUUCUAAAUGCCUGAAAUGAUCGUUAUUGCAUAAUUGGAGCAACUGCAGAAUACCCGGCCACUCAUUUACAUGUCAUUGAAUAAGAAUAGCGUCUAUGUGAGGCGAACCAAAGUGGCCGGGUAUUCUGCAGUUUAGCCGCAUAAUUAAUUCCUGGUUGACUGUGGAAGGGGGAGGGGGGGUCCAUUUCUAAGAGAAUUCUCUAUCUCAAAGUUGUAUGUAGUUUGUCAGUCCCAAUGUCAUAGAACUUUUCGUCUCUCAAAAGGGCUAAUUUCUAAUCUACCAGUGUGGAAUGAGGAUGAUUGUGGCUGCCUCAGAGGUGACUUGCACCCCUCCUCCCCCCCUAUUAUAAGGUCAAGUUUGGGCUAAUUACCUCCCCCUCCCCCCCCCCUUUCCCUAUUGCUGCCUUAUUUGCCUCUCCUUAAGUUGCCAAACUUCAUUCGUAGAGUCUUUUUUCCUUUCAUGUCUGUGGUGUGCGGCAGUUGUGCAUUUAGCAUAAAAGUUUUCAACCGUAACAUCUAGUUUUGGAAGAUUUGGGAGGGUUACAUCCAGGCAUGCUUGACAACAUUUGCAAGAUGCUUUAGAAACAAAAGGAGAGAAAAAGAGCAGGAAUAUAUUUGAAAGACAUUUGAGGAAGUAUUUUAUCUGUUUUCAGCUCAUGGUGGUCACAGGUAGAGCUUGGUCCCCCAGAUGCCAUUCUUGGAAUAACAGAAGCUUUCAAAAAAGAUACAAGCCCCAAGAAAAUCAAUCUUGGGGUUGGAGCUUAUAGAGAUGAUUCAGGAAAGCCUUAUGUUCUGCCUUCAGUGAGAAAGGCAAGUAUCAAUCUUUUUACUCUUGAAGGUGAAUUAUAUGUAAUUUUACAGAAAAAAAAAACAGAGUUGUAAACCAGUCGUAUGAAAAUUGUUUUGAUUGUUGUUUAAAAUACUGUACUUAAUGCAAGAUUUGGUUCUUCAAACAGGCUGAAGAACUGCUGAUAGCUAAAAAGCAAGACAAAGAGUAUGGUCCCAUCCAUGGUUUACCAGAAUUCACUGGAGCUGCUGCCAAACUAGCCUUUGGAGAAGAUAGUGAAGUUAUAAAAAAUAGUUUGGUAUGUAUUGCAUGCUGGAAUAGAUUUUGUUAUAUUUUAACAGUCUUUUUAGUUGGUAUUUCUAGGAAUAUUACAUUUACAGUCACAGCGAUAAUUAUGACAUGUCCUUAGUGUUGUCAAUUUUUUUUAUUUUUUUUUCAUUUGUUUUUCAAUCCAUGUUUUGUUUUGUUUCACUAGAAUGCAUCUGCACAGGCAAUCUCAGGUACUGGAGCUCUUAGGAUUGGAACAGCAUUCCUGGUUAGUGAAUUCAACUUCUUUUGUUUGACUUGCAAAAUUAAUGUUGUACAGUUGGUAUUCAAAAUGCAUACGACUUGCCCAUUUGUAUGUGCUUAUAUACAUAAGAAUUUGAUUAAUUUCAGAAUUACUUCAGUUUGAUCCAUUGUGGAUAUGUUUCUUUUUUAGAAAAGCUUUUUCCCUGGAAGUAAGGAUGUCUGGUUGCCUACACCAUCUUGGGGAAACCACACUCCAAUCUUGAAGUAUGUACAAGAAACUUUGGACACAGCCAAAAUGCAAUUGUUGAUCAAAUCCAAAUUAUUUAUAUUAAUUUUUCACUGUUAAGAGAAACAUAUUGUCAUAUCAAAUUUUAAGAAAGAAAAUUAUGUUUGUAAAAGUUAAUAAGUGAUACAAGCACUCUUGGAAAAUAUAAUUUCAGUGUGCUGUUUACUGGUGUCAGUCUUUUGGCCUUUGAUCAGUUAAGUGGAUGUGCUACAAAAAUUGUAAUGCUUGUUCACGUUUUUAUUGUCAGUGAUAGUUGUUACAAAAUUUUUCUUGGACAUACUUCAUAUACAUUAAAUUUGUCUUCAUAAGCUUUUUUUCAUAAUUCAUCAAAAAUGAUAGUAGCAAGUACUUUUAUUUAAGAAUGAACAUAAAAUAAUGAUACCAAGUUACAUGAAAAACCUUUCAUGCCAAUGAAAUCUUACCAAUUGAUUCAUGAUAUUUGACAGAAUUUAUAUUAUAUUUGUAUGUAUUUGUUUCAUGGCACACUGUCACUAACACCAACAUUUUUGUUGCUCUGAUUUGCAGACAUUCAGGACUGGGAGUAAAACAAUAUCGGUACUAUGAUCCACAAACUUGUGGUUUUGACUUCAAAGGCUGUAUAGAGGAUAUUUCAGUGAGUUUAAGAAUGAUUGACUUUAAUUUACAAAAGUUUUACUUGUGGUACAGUUCUCCAGUGGUUAGUGUUUUAAUCACUAAUUUCUGUUUUAUAGAAAAUUCCAGAAAAUUCAGUGGUCAUGUUACAUGCAUGUGCUCAUAAUCCAACAGGAGUGGAUCCAAAGGUAAUUAAAAAAACCUAAUUUUUUCAAACCUCCAGGGCUGUGAUACGCUUGGAAUGGUGUCUAGUCUUAUUUAGUCACAAUCAUUUUUAAGUAGGCAGUCUUGAUUUAUCAUUUCUGAACUAUGAUAGCUCAACAAAAGGGUUCAUAUACUGCUUUGCAGCAUGAGAAUUUUGCAGGGUUCAAUUGCUCCAAAGUGUAGAGAAGGACCAUGACUUGCAAAAGUAAGGUCACUGCAGUAAAAAAUCCAACAAAAUGAAGCACUGGAGUGUUUCAGUGGCAGAUGCAUUCAUCAUUUUCCAAAUUAGGCAAGAUAUUCUACUGUAGAAUUCCCAUCUGAAUAACUUAGCAAUGGCAAAAAUGGCUCUUCCAGGUAACUAAACUGUAGAUUUUGAGAAGGAUAGGGGUUAAUUCUGUCUCACUUUUUCAGGAAGAGGAAUGGAAAGAGUUAUCAGAUGUCAUAAAGGUAUUUACUUUUCCACCUAAUUUGACAUGAAAAGGCAGAUAUGUACAAAGUUUUAAAAUUUAAAGGUUAGGUAAGUAAGAUUUAUUCUUGAUAUUAUCAAGUAAUGUUUUUUUUUUAUCUCUUCUCCAGAAAGGCAAACUAUUUCCUUAUUUUGACAUGGCAUACCAAGGUUUUGCCAGUGGAGACACUGACAAGGAUGCAUGGGCCCUGAGAUACUUUAUAAAGGAAGGACACAAAGUACUGGUAGCUCAGUCAUUUGCCAAGAACAUGGGUCUCUAUGGUAGGCUUUUAUAAGUCCCCUUUGCUUUUCCCUCACCUUGUCUUUUGAUGAUAAAAAAUAGACCAGUAAAAAGAAGAGGCUCCACCUGCUGUUUCAUGAAAUUUUUUGUAUUUGCAAAGCAAGGCCAAAAUCUAUUUUUACCUGUUGUCUUGAAGGAAAAAAACAAUGCAACAUUUUCUGUCACUUCACUUUUUGCAAUACUAUUUCUAUAACGUACCAUAAAUAAGUAAUGGACAAGAGUUGAAACAAAAACCUCAAUUCUUGAAAAAAAAAAAAAGGAUGGAAAUUUGUCUAGUAAUUUCCCCAUCUUGGAAAAAGUAUGGAAAAUGAGAUGUUGAGAAAAUGGAAAGAGAUCUUUCAUUGUCUGAUUUCUGAACCUGACUGGUUGAAAAAGUGGCAUAAGUUUUCUACACCAAUCACCAGAGCAUAGUAGAGCGAUACCAAUGCAGUCCUGGAUUUCUUCUGACACUCAAUUGUGAAUGGCUGUAAUGUGCUAAGUUUUAUGUUUUUCCUUUUCCUUGUUGCCCUCCUCAAGGUGAGAGAGUAGGAAUGAUCACAGCCACUUGUGAAUCGAAAGAGGAGGCAGAGCGAGUCCUGUCACAGAUCAAGAUCCUUAUCCGCCCCCUUUACUCCAACCCUCCAAUCCAUGGGGCCCGCAUAGCAGGUACUGUCCUCAGUGACCCUGAACUGAGACCACAAUGGGAGGUGGAAGUCAAAGGAAUGGCUGACAGAAUAAUUUCCAUGAGACAACAACUUGUAGAUAACUUGAAGAAAGAAGGUAUGAAACUCUACUGUAAAACAGCUGGUCGGAUGUAGAUUAUACCCAUCAACCCACCAAAUCACCCAACCCCCCUCCCCCCCCUUCUCCCUUCAAUAGAGAAUCUUUUCUGGAAGCAAUUAAUGGUAAAUUGAGUAUUGACUCAUUUUAAUUAGUAAUUGAACAUAGUUAAGUGGAAAAUGUGCUAUUCUCUUAAUCAUCUGUUCAUUACUUAACCCUUCAACUUUCUGAAGUGUUGAACAUGUAAUUACUCCUAAUCCAUACAUUGCUCAGCAAAAAGGUCAUGAAAAUCAUAAGUUGUUACCUUGAUCUAACACCAAAUUCUCACAAAUGUUUUACAAGGAACUGUGUAGCAGCUAGAGGGGAGAAUCAACAAAUCAGAUCUUAAGAGUCAGGGGGUUAUAGCAUUUACCGAUAGUUCUUUAUCUUAAAUAAUUUCCCGGUUAAUAUGAAAAAAAAUGCAAUUACAGUAUUAAAUGAUGAUUAUAACCACAAGUGAUAAAAUAUAAUGUUAAAAUAUCUCUCUUUUGUGCUGUUUCCUUUCCAGGUUCAUCUCACAACUGGUCUCACAUAACAGAUCAGAUUGGAAUGUUUUGCUUCACAGGGCUUAAACCUGAUCAGGUCUGUAAGCAUACAAUGAUUAAAAAAAAACAAACAAAACAAGAAAAGAAACAAAAUUCCCACAUCAAAACACUUCAGUUUUUGAUGUCUUUGGUUAACAUGGCAAUGUGUGAUGCAAUUUUGACCCAUGGCCUCAACUGAUAAAAUCUGUAAAUUGUGUCUUCUUCAGGUUGAAAGACUCACAAAAGAAUUUUCAAUCUAUUUGACCAAGGAUGGACGUAUUUCGAUCGCUGGUGUGACAUCCGGAAAUGUGGGGUACUUAGCUCAAGCAAUGCAUGAAGUAACAAAAUGAUGGACUCAAAAUUCUAGUUACCUUUAUUCUUUGCCUGACAAUUAUAAAAGAGCUGCCCAAGUUUCUACAGUAUAAUCAACAUGGAAGUGUAACAACCUCUCAAUGCAGUCAAAAUUAAUGUCAAAACCAAGACAAUUUCAGCUAUUUCAGUGAGGGACCAGUCUUUAUUUAUCACCUUUGGGGAGGUUGAGGAUUCUGUAUGUGUCACAAUGAAAUUGACCUGAUUUCCCCCCAUAAGGCUCUGUCAUAUUCUUGUGACCCCUUCCCCUCCCUCGUUGGAGGUUAACCCUUUAUGCUCUGUUAUAUUGUACUACAACUAAUCCCUCUCCGUUCCCCCUCAAAAACUAUUCAACCCCCCCUGAGAAAAAUCCUUCAGCCCCCAGGCCAUGAAUAAUGACUGGUUCCUCAUAGCGCAUCGCGAGCAGCUUACCCCAGUUGUGGACACCUUUUUGUCAUUCUUAGGGUGUUUGGGUAAGAGAGCUGCCUGCGAUUGAAGCUGGAGUAUGUUCAUCAAAACAAUCUUUCUUGAAAGGUUUCGUUUGCAAUUGAGUGUUUACAGUACUGCAUCUCUGAUGCAAGGGAAGGGAAGCCCAACUAGAGGGCAACAAAAAUAAAAUUUAUGACUUGUAGCAUGAACGGCUAGUUUUAUUCUAUUUUAGUUUAUUAUGCUAUAGUUACCUAGUCUAAACCUGAAAUAGAUCUACAGCUUUCAGUAUGAAGUAGGUUUUCAGAAAGAGCUUGAAGAGUGGAGAGUGAGCUUAACCGCGAGGGUUCUCCUUAACAAAAUACGUUUUUAGAAACGGCGCGAUGAUAAAGGAAAAUUUCUUAGUGUGUCAGGAAGAAGCAAUGACCAAAAGGAGUAUGGUAAUAAAUAUGUAUUUGCAAUAAAAUGGGGAGUCUGAAGUGAUACCUUAACCUGA